AAAACGCGAGAAUUGAAGCUCCACUGUUAUAAAAUUAGCUUUUUAUAUUAAUAAGUAAUAGUUUGAAUUUAUUUAUAGACGUGCUAGGAAACGUGUGAAUAAAUAUUUUUUUUCGGAGUGUUCUGAAAUGGGAUGUGAAAGCUGCAAUUGUGAAGACCACAUACAGCCUGCACAGGUGCUUAUUAAACCACGGUGAUGGAUCCGGUAAUUAGCAAAAUACUGAAACCAAAGAGAAUGAAAAUCACAAGUAGUGGUAGAAUUAGCGUACGUCCGAAAACCAGUUGCACCACUUCGGAAGAUGAUGUACCUUCAGCAAAGAAAUCGAAAACUUAUAAGUCUAUUCAGGAAGAGAAGGAAUACUUGAGAUGCUAGUUAAAACUAUUUCUAAAAUCAUUGCUGAAAGUGACGGCGUACUCACAGAUCCUAACGUAACACAUCUUCUUCAAGAAGUCAAAAAGUAAGGUGAAGAUAUUAUUAGGCAAUAUUCAGAUAUUAAAAAGGAAAUUGUAGUUAUGAAAAAGGAAAUUGUAGAUAUUAAAAGAUCAUUGCAAGAGCAGUCUCAAACAAGUUCUGGCGACCUGAGCUUAUCUGAAAAACUCCUUGCACCUCUAGAGGGAUUCCUCUUACAGACGGUAGAGCAGUUCCAGAAUCUUGACGAGAAAGAAAAUCUAAAAUUAUGGAGAACUGUGUAUCGCCAUUUGAUCAACAGGGGCGGAGCGAAACUCAGAGAGUUUCUCAGCUUUUCCUUAAAGCUCAUGGUGACAGAUGAAUUAGUGACUCAUUUCACCUGGCUAGGUGCUAAAAGUCACAAGGCAUUCGGAGACACUAGAGUGUCUUAUAUUUUUUACAAAGCUGCCAAAAAGUUUCCUUGCUUCCCCGGCCCACGAGAUAUCAAGGAGUUCACUACGGAGAUGGAGGUGUUUAGAACUACAAAACAAAGAUCUCGCAACAUCUCCAAGAACACCCACGGCCAGUCCUCAGAAUCGGCUGGAACUGGAGGAAGAAGAGAAUCUAAAAUAUGAUGGAGAUAAGAAAAAUCUCGUCGAAUCGUCAGAUGGGGAAUAUUUAAGCGAUGAGUAGGCAUUAGAGUUUCGAUAAAUUUUCGUAAGUGUUUUGUAAAAAGAAAAUUUUAUUUUCGUUGCUCGUUGCCUACUUGAAAAAGUGGAUGCACUUAUUUUUGGACGUAUUUUUUUUCAAAUUAGCGAAAU